AUGUGCACGUUUUGCAGCUUCAAAUGUUGCUUUGUUUUCUUCAAUAUGCUCUUUUUGGCAUCAGGUGUUGCCCUCAUCGUUAUCGGAGUACAGCAACACUCGACUUACAAACACAUGGGCGAGUUUGCAGGGAGCAGCCUGUCCAAAAUCUCUAUCGUCCUCAUUGCAGUUGGUAUCACCAUAGCCCUCGUCUCGAUCUUGGGCCACUUGGGGGCAUUCUUUAAUAGUUCUUCCAUGGUGUCCUGUUUCAUCUGCAUCCUGAUCGUCAUUAUCAUUCUGGAGCUACUCACAGGGGGCGCCUUCUACAUAUUUCGCAGCCGGACUCUCCUCUUAAAAGUGAAGAAUGCUAUCGACUACGACAGCAAAGCAAGAAGGGUGAUCAAUGAAUACAGCCCGGAGAAGAGACACACCAUCGACAAAAUUCAGGAAAAGUUCAAAUGCUGUGGUGCAGACGGCCCUGACGAUUGGUCCAACAGUGUGGGCUGGGAGAACCACGACGCCGUGCCAGAUUCUUGCUGCGUGCUGAAGGGUCCGGGCUGUGGUCAGGACAAGGACAAAGUGCACACAAAGGGUUGUAUCCGGGCCAUCAAGCUCUUUCUGUUGAAGAACCUGCUGUGGGUCGGUGCUGUCUGCAUCACUCUGGGAGUCGGAGAGGUUUUUGGAGUGAUAGUCGGGGUGUGCUUGUGUCUGAACAUAAGAGGAAAAAACUAUGAAACCAUGAGCUGAUGUGUCAUCGUGGUCAAGCACAGCCAACGUCCCACAUCAAUGAUAUUUUUUCUCUCUUUUUGCCCAAAUUAGAUGUAUUUUAUUUGCUUUUGCAUGUUUAUUCUUUCUCAAACGUGACAUACAGAUGAGUUGGUGUGAAAGUUAUCCAGCAGAUGGAAAUCUUUUGGUCU